AUGUAUUUGCGUCAUCAACAAAAUGAAGUGUUGCCUAAUGAAAAUGAUGCUGUUCCUUUAGGGUUUAUUCUGCGUUUUCAUGAAAUUACCCCUAUAAGACUAGGUGCAAUGGGUGGUGCUUUACACUGGAGAGAUGAAUUAUCAACAGGUAGUUCAAAAUAUUCCAACUGCUGUAAACAGGGUCGAAUUAAACUUCCUGAUUUUGAAGAACCUCCUCCAUUCCUUAAACAAUUAUUUGAGGGUCUUUCUCCCAUCGAGAAGAAUUUUAGACUGAAAAUUCGUAUGUAUAAUAGACUUUUCACCUUUACCUCCACUCGAACAAAUCAAAAUCCCAACCAAGGUUUUGCUCCUUUUAUGUUACUUGAUGCCUUUUAUCAAUUUCACGGUCCAAUGGAUCCUACGUUGGGAACAACUCCAGAUUACGCCCAAUUAAUGGUUUAUGAUCCACAAGAUGCAGCUAAUGCACUUUACUAUUUCCUUCGGGUGAUAGAGGUUGGCAUCCAGGUUUAA